AUGUCUACAAGUGAAUCUUUGGAAGUCCAUUCUUCGUCAAGAUCACAUAAAAUAGCAAUGAAUCAUGAGAGAAAUAAUUCUCUAAAUUAUUCUCUGCAAUUAAAUACAGAAAGGUUCAAAAGUUUAUUAUUAUUGAUAACAAGCAUCGGAAUGCUAUUUAGAAUUUGUAUAGCCAUGUACCAGCCUCAUUCUGGAAAAUCAAAUCCUCCAAUGUAUGGAGAUUUUGAAGCACAGAGACAUUGGAUAGAGAUUACCAAACAUUUACCGAUAUCGGAGUGGUAUUUCUAUGAUCUGGAAUAUUGGGGAUUGGAUUAUCCUCCACUCACUGCUUUUCAUCAUUAUUUAAUGGGAAAGUUUAGUGAUCUAUUUGGAUUGUGUGAAGGAUGUUUUGAUUUCCUGUCCUCUCGAGGAAAUCAAUCUCAUCAAACUGUUAUGUUCAUGAGAGUAUCAGUCAUUGUUUCGGAUUUAGUAUUAUAUAUUCCAGCUUGCUUUUUGUUAUUGAUGGAAUUUAGAGAAAGAUACAAGAAUUCCAUGUGGGAAUGUAUUUGGCUGAUAUGCUUUCCAUCCCUAAUUCUAAUUGAUCAUGGCCAUUUCCAAUUUAAUAAUAUAUUUUUGGGAUUGACUUUACUUUCCAUCUAUUUCCUCAUACAAUUCCAAAAGAAUGAUUCUAACCUGUUAAGCUUGAGCUUGGCGUGCUUGUUAUUUGUUUGUUCUGUUUGUUACAAACAAAUGGCUCUCUAUUAUUCUCUCUCCUUUUUCUUCUAUAUUCUUGCACAAAGCUUGAGCAGACCUAAGGCGUUUAUGGUGGUCGCUCUGAGCGUGAUCACAUCAUUUGGAAUAAUUUUUGCACCUUUUCUUAUGCAAAGUAAUGGAUUGAAUGUAUUUUUACAAGUGAUUCACCGAAUGUUUCCUUUCAAGAGAGGACUUUUUGAGGACAAAGUAGCUAGUUUUUGGUGCUCUACCUCAAUUUUCAUCAAAUGGAAUCAACUUUUUAACGAGAAAGCACUUGUUAGGCUUUCCACAAUAUCCACUCUAGUGGUUGCUCUUCCUUCUUGCUUACACUUAUUCUACAAGGUUUGGUCACUGAGAAACUCUGUAUCAUCACGCUAUUUGCAGAAUUUAUUCUUCAUUAAUUUGGCCAUUGUAUCCUUCGCAUUCUACUUAUUUUCCUUUCAGGUGCAUGAAAAGACCAUUUUGCUUCCCUUACUACCAUGCUUGCUAAUUUAUAUUCAGAAUAUUCAGAAAGCAUCAUUAUCUCAAUUGAUACCGUUUUUAAACAUUGUCGCUUGCUUUAGCAUGUAUCCAUUAUUUAUUAAGGACAACUUGAAGUUAGUUUACGUUCUUGUACAAAUUUUGUCAAUUAUGAUAAGCUGUGUGAAUUUUGAAAAGCUAGGAAAACUGUUGAAGAUGGUUGUGGUAUUGAGCUUGAUAGGAAUGGUAGCAAUUCACCUCACAAUGCACUUUGUACAACCUCCACAAAGAUAUCCAGAUUUAUUCACUUUGAUGUGCACUACUUUUAGUUUUGCUCACUUCAUCAUGUUCACAUUAUUAUUGUACGUGGUGCAAUUUUAUACACUUGACACUAAGAUGGAAUAG